GUUAAACGGGAUCGGUUGAUUGGUAUGCACUUGCAGUCUGCUUUGACCUCGCAGGGUCAGGUUGAACCAGUUUGGUAAAUGCUUUAACCAUGUUUGGACUGUCACUGGUGGACUGGUAGAUUUUCUCGAUUAUUAGCCGUUUUUAAAAGAAGUGUGACUGUUUUGAACUCAAGAUGGAUGUGUGGACGACUAGUGUGCUGUUUACACUGCUGGUUCUCGUUCCCCAGUCUCUGUCACAACUAGACCAGGAUGAAAUCCAGUUGAUCACGCAGGCCGAACAGAUGCCAAAUCCAAGAAGAAACCCACAGGCCUGUGGUUUGGGACAGAGACCGGGGUUUGUGUGUGAUCCCAAUGGCAUACUCACACACAGGGACAUUGAGAUCCUUGACUGGCUUCUCCGUGGGUUGUACGACAACGACACGCGGUGUGCAUGUAGUGUGUAUUACUGUGAAGGUCACAGACACCAGGGAAAAGGAUUCCAUGUUUCACUGGCGGUUGUUCGACACCUCAACUACGAUCAUGCUAGUAAUGACAUUCACAGAGAAAAACUGGAUGCAGCAUCAGCAUUUGCCAGACGUCUUCAGCGCACGUACUGGAGACGUCCCAGUAGAGAAGGCUGCCUCAACGACUUCAUCAUUCUCUUUGCCCUUGAAGAUAAUAUAGUUUUCAUCCAAGCGGGAGAUGUGGCUGACGCUGCCCUGCCUCGUUCCAGUCUGGAGUACAUCAUAACACAGCAUGGCCGGUGGUUCAACAGGGGCAACAACUAUGUGACCGGACUGAUUAGCAUCAUAAAACAUAUGAGGAUAGCUUUAAAUGACGUGAGAUUCGCAGACCCCCAGGGUCCAUCUGCACAACAGUUGACAGGCGGAACAGGUCAGGUGAUUGCCGGACUGGUGACUUCGCUGAUUACACUGGCUGUCAUGUCUCACACUUGAGCUUAACACCAAUAACAUUCAGUCACUUAAUGAUGUUUUCAUGGAAAGUUUCAGUGUCACAAUAGUGCUUAAACAUAAAGGUAGCUUCUUUAUAAAAAACAUGUUGGUUUUUUUAACAUGAUUAUCUGAUCUAUAAAAUCCAUAUUUAUAGUAAUAGAAAAAAAAACCCACCCAAGUACUCUGAUAAUUGAAAAUUUGCAUAACUCGUUUAUGGGUUAUUCAGAAAUAUUUCAGGUGACCCAUUUCAUUUCAGGUGACCCGUUACAGGGGCGGCACAGUAUAAAAAAUUAGUGGUACGGCUCGUGAUUGCCAGACUCUCCUUUCAAAUUACUUGUACGGACAUUUGCACAGAUAUAGCAAAUAUAACACACACACACACAAAAGUGAUACAGCCAUGCUGUACCUCUUUAAAAAGUGGUACGGCCGUACCAUCUGCGCCGCCCCUGUGUUAUGACUAAAUAAAUCAUGUCCUAAAUUUAAUGUGCAAAAAACUAUAAAAAUAGACUAUGCAAACAUAGACUUGUGCAAGCAACGUGUGAACAAAACAAUCGUUGGCACAAUUUUCAGAGGCCUUAAAAAUCUAGUAGGGUGGAUUUUGUAUAUUCUGUUUAUGAAUUUUGAAGAAUAUAUCCUUUGCUACUCAGCAUAUGCAUUUUAAAAUAAUAAUUAGACAAUGUAUGUUCUGUCACCUACAAAUCUAAUAAUGUAUAUACAUACUCUGAAAUUUAUUUCUUGUGUUGGAAAGUUUCAGUUAUACAUGUAGUAGUGCUUAAAACUAUAAAUUAAUUAUGUUGUUUUAUUUAUCUACUUGAUAUUUUAAUUUAGUUUUACAAAGUUUGGUGAGAUUAUUUGAUACUCAUUUAUAGCUGACUUAUAUGUGUCAUGAAUACAUAUAUAUAUAUAUAUUGUGCAUUUCUAGUAUUUUGGCAUUUUUAGAUAUUAUAAGCUGGUUGAUUUUUCUUUUUAUAUUUUUACUGUGAACACAUUUUUAUCUGUUGCUUUUAUUUAUUUUUCAAGGCUUAGUAUUUACAUGCUCAAAUUAAUUUUCUUUUAAAAAAUUUAUUGUAAAUAAAUCCUUCAUUUCCUUAGUGUUGUCAAAAGUGAAUUUUGACAUGUAAUGUGUGUAAUAUUCUGCAGAUUCGAGUUUCUGCAAUCUUGUUCUAACUUCCCAAUUAUAACUGUCAGUAGUAUUUACAGUAGAGAGUAUUUUCAACAUUUAAGAAAAUAAGACUCAGCUUGGUUUGCUCAUUGAUCAAGAUAUAUACGAAAAAAUUGUAAACAAAGAAAAGAAAAAACAACCACCAAACGGUAAUUUUUUUUUAAAAACUGUUAACUAUUAAUAUACUGAAAUGACCAAAUUUGUAUUUAGUUUUUAGUUAAAUCAUUCUAAGAACAUGGCUAAAAUUGAGCAAAUAAAAGUGAAUCUAGUAAAAUGGGUGGUUUUUGGGAUCAGGUGGGAAAUGCUCUUCCAUUCUUGUCUUGUUUUUGUUACCGUAAGUACUACUAUUUUAGUAUAUCAUACAGAAAAUAAUAAUUGAUUUUGUGAAAACAGAUUUAUUAAUAUUUACCUGUUACUGUUUUUCUGAUUCAUUUUAAUUUUAUUUGACAUGAUCUGUAAGAUUUGUAAAAGAACACAAAUUGAAAUAAUACUGCCAUUACCACACUUCUACUGCUGGUAAAAAAAAUCCCAAAUUUGUUGAUGAAAAGAUGUUUUAGCAUUGCAAAAUGGUGCUAAAAAUACCUUUUGUUAUAUGCUUUUCAAUAUUUAUACAUUUAUACUUUAGUAUUACAAUUUGUAAUUAACUUUAAACUGAUGUAUUUCUGUGCAGGUUUUAUUUAUGUUGUAUAUAUUGAUAUAUAAAUGAAAAAAAAAGUGUAAAAUUUGUGUUAAUUCACAGAGAUCUGUACAAUAUUACAAGGUGUGUACAAAAUUGUGUUACACUUGGUGAAAUUUCUGUGAAAAGGAACCACAUCAAUAACGUUUGGGUUAUUUAUAAAAAACACACAAAAGCCAUGAAUAUAGUGCAUUGUUACAUUUUAAUGCAUAAUAAUACUUGUGUGAAGUCUUUUCUCUUCUGUUAGUUUAAUUGUUUUGGUUUACCAACAUUUGUCUUGUUUGGUCAAAGGUAUACACGUACUAUUUACUCUACACAUAUUUUAAAAUAAACAGUAUUGCUUGCA